AUGGCCCUUGCCCUGGCCCCCCCUCACCUGGACCAGCUCAGCCACCUCCUCCUUGGUCUCCCAGCGUUUCCCUGUGUCUCGUUCACCCUGUUCGCCUUCAGUGGCCAGAGGGCUCCUGAGAAGCAGGAGGAAAACGCCACCUGGCUGGUGACCGAGUUCGUGCUGGUGGGCUUCUCCAACCUCCUACACCUGAGAACGCCCCUCUUUGUGCUGUUCCUUAUCAUGUACCUGGUGACCCUCAGUGGCAACGUCACCAUCAUCACCAUCAUCCACACGGAUCGGAGCCUUCACACUCCCAUGUACCGCUUCCUGGCGGUGCUGUCCCUGUCUGAGACCUGCUAUACGCUGGUCACCAUCCCCAACAUGCUGGCUCAUCUGCUCAUGGAGAGCCAGGCCAUCUCCAUCUGUGCCUGCCGGGCUCAGAUGUUCUUCUUCCUGGCGCUGGGAUGCAGCCACUGCUUCCUCCUCACCCUGAUGGGUUAUGACCGCUAUGUGGCCAUCUGCCACCCGCUGCGGUACCCCGUGAUCAUGAGGCCCACGGUGUGCCUCCUCCUGGUUUUCUGCUGCGGGUUCUUCUUGGUGUCCGUGAUCGAGACCAGCAUGAUCUUCUCGUCGCCCUUCUGCCACGGCGGCCGCGUGGAGCACUUCUUCUGUGACAUCGCCCCGGUCCUGAAGCUCAGCUGCUCCGAUAGCGCCAGCAAAGGGCUGGCCAUCUUCUUCCUGAGCGUCCUCGUGGUGCUGGCCUCCUUCCUCCUCAUCCUACUCUCCUACGCCUUCAUCGGGGCCACCAUCGUCCACAUCCCAUCGGCGGCAGGCCGGCGCAAGGCCUUCUCCACCUGAGCGGCCCACCUCACCGUGGUCGUUGUGCAUUUUGGCUGUGCCUCCAUCAUCUACCUGCGGCCGGACUCCGGAAGGAAGCCCCACCAGGACCGCCUGGUGGCUGUGUUCUACACGGUGGUGACGCCGCUGCUGAACCCCGUGGUGUACACGCUGCGCAACAAGGAGGUGCGGGUGGCUCUGCGGAGGACCCUGGCGCGAAGCCGCGGUGGUUUGAAAUAAACAGC